AAAUUCGACGCAACACCGGAAGUAAAUAAAACUACUUUUAACUCAUGUCUCCUGUAAUGAAUGGAACGGCAGAAAGACUUUUUAAAGUGACAUAAAGAAGUCCCAAACAACCGGAAACGGGAAGUCCGGGACUUGGCGCGAGGCUAAAGUCUGGAUGACAAAUGUUCCGACAGCCGGAUGGAUGGAGAGCUCAAACCUGACUGUUGGGAAGGGAACGGAGGGAGGUCCAGGUGAAGGAUCAGGAACCAUCCAAGACAAUUCCUACGCCUGUAAGGAACCUCCUGCAGGAGAACCUGCGUCUCCAGCACGUCCCACUACGACCGGUUCGGUCCAGGAACCAGACCGGUCCAGACAAGAGCCAACUUCUAAACACCUCAGAAAACUUCCGGUACACCUCAGAAAACUUGCUGGACUCGACUCCAGGAAGUUUUCUGAGGUUCUGCCUCAGUUUGAAGAUCUGAAUAAAAGCCUCCAGGAUGUGGCUGAGGAGAUCAACGGCAGGUCAGGUCGAAUAGAGGAGAUGGUCAAAAGUAUCUCAGAUGAUUUUCAACACGUGAGUGAAGCUCUCCAGUCCUUCCACCAACAAGCUUUGCAUCUUCAAACAGACAACGAGAAGCUGACCAGAGAGAAUGUGGAGUUGAGACAGACGAUGUCAGAAAUGGAGGUCCUGGUGAGCAAGCAGGAAGCCUUCAGCCGCUGCUUUCAUCUGGGGCUUCAUGGUGUCGCAGAAGACUCUUCAGAGGAUGUUGGAGAAAAGGCCAGAGAGGUUUGUAAAGCGCUGGUUCCUGAGGAGGAGAAGGACCGGGUGGCAGCAGAUGUGGACGGCGCUCACCGUCUGGGUCUUCUGAAGGCAGCAGGAGACCCACGACCCAUCAUCAUCAGGUUCACAUCAAGAGCCUCCAGAGAGCUCACAUGGAAACAUGCCGAGCAAAGUGACUUUCUGCUGAGUCGUGGUUUCAGGUUAGAAGAGAACGUCGGAGAUGAAGCAGCGGGACGCCGUGGUUGGUUAGAGGCGGAGAUGGCGGGAGAGGAAGACUUUCCUGCACAAACUACUGGUGUGGGGGAAGUUCCGUCUCACCAGGAGGGAAACUCCAGUCUGGAGCUGCAGGAACCAGAACCUUCUCAGAUUCAGCAAGAACAGGAUGAACUGAGCUCAUUUCAGGAAUCAGGACAGUUUUCUCUGCAUCGGGAGGCUGAUCCAUUCACAGAGACUCCCGCUGGUAAUCCAGAACCCAGCGUCUGCCUGAAUCCGUCUCCGAGUUCUCUUGCGGCUGACAGGAUGGAUCGGGAAGCUGGAAAGCCACUCGAGUGUGAAGUGUGUGAUGAAACAUGUUCGGAUGAUGAUGCCUGGUUGGUUCACAUGAGGGGUCACGUGGGUGAGAAGCAGUUCCUGUGUUUCAUCUGUGGGGAAAGAUUUCAGUUCCUUUCAAUGUUAAGCAGACACAUAAAAAUCCACACCGGCGAGAGCCCGUUUGUUUGUGACGUCUGUGAGAUCGGCUUCUCAAACAACCGCAGUCUGAAGAAUCACGUCAGAUUGCACUUGGGCGAGAGGCCGUAUUCCUGUCACAUCUGUGAGAAAACUUACGUUUGCAGAGAUUUCUUGAACAGACACCUCAAGACCCACUCAGUUCCCUGGUCGUAUUCUUGUACGUUCUGUGAUAGAACUUUCAAGUUUGCGUUUGGUUUAGUUAGUCACACGAGAACCCACACCACGGCUGGGAGGCCCUUCGCCUGCCGGACCUGUGGCAAAAGCUUCGUAAGGGAAAGUACGUUGUCCCGUCACAUGGACAAGCACAGAAAAAAGGGUUCAGAUCUCAGUGAACCAACCCGGGGAAACCGUGCGUAACACCAAUCACAACGGGUCUUAAGCUGGUGGUGAAGGUGCUGAAAACUUUAUGGGGUGAGGGAAUGGUCAGAGAGAGAGAAUUAGAACGAUGUUUCAGGUCAGGGAGCUUUUAACAUACAGAAUCUUCACUUCAUUGGUUUAAUGUUCAGGAUCUAGACCCAAAGCUUUAUAUCCAUUCUGUUCAUUUGCACGUUGCUGCUGUUCAGUCCGAGGACAGAUGUCCAAACAUCAGACAGUAGGACUCCAAAACUUUCAUUAAAACCUCAUUUAUGUGAGUCUAGAGCAGGGGUGGGGGUGGGGAACCCCGGUCCCAUCAAGGGCCGCUAUCCAGCAUAUUUUAGUUUCAACUCUGCAUCAUCACACCUGAUUUCAUUCAGCAGGUGGCCUAGAGGAUUGACCAAUAGAAUCGUUUAUACACAAGAAUGUAACAACAAUGCACAACAAUGCACCCCAGUUCCCAGCAUGCAUUGCAGGUUGACACAGACGUGCCUCGGCCAGUUUAGCGUACCGACCUAGCUGGAAUGCUAACUCAACCUGCAUUGAAUUCAUGUCAGUCUGAAGAAGAGGAGGAAGGGGAACGAUGAAGGACUUCCCAUGUGAGUAAGGUUAAGUGAUAAUGUAGCAUUCAACCUUAUGCUAUUGUUGAAGCCUGUUUUAGCAUUAGCAUUGAUUGCAAAUGCCAGAUUCCUGCCAAUUUUAGAUGUUUCCCUGCUCGAAUGCGGCAGAUUUGAUUAAACUGAGCAUGAAAAUAUUUGCCAUGAAAGUUUUUUUCCCUUUUUUAUUUUAGUUCUGACAGUAACUCUUUGUUCUAUAGAGAAUCUUCUUCAGUUGUGUUUUUAAAGCUGAAUCAGCUGCUUGUUUUCUGUGUAAAUAAAGAAAUCUGAAGCUG